UAUUCAAACAUAGAAUCUUCUCACUGUCAGUCAGCUGAACUCACAUCUCCUGCCAACAUGUCCUACAGCUGCUGCUCUGGAAACUUCUCUUCCCGCUCCUUUGGGGGAUACCUGCGUUACCCCAGCUCCUCCUGUGGCUCAUCCCACCCCAGCAACCUGGUCUACCGCACUGAAGUCUGCUCUCCCAGCACCUGCCAGGUGGGCUCCUCCCUCCACAGUGGCUGUCAGGAGACCUGCUGUGAGCCCACCAGCUGCCAGACAUCCUGUGUGGUGUCCAGACCUUCCCUGACAUCCUGCUACCGCCCGAGGACCUCCACGCUCUGCAGUCCCUCCCAGACGACUUGCUCUGGGUCUCUGGGUUUGGGGUCCAGCAGCUGCCGUUCCCUGGGCUAUGGAUCCAGAAGCUGCUACUCAGUGGGCUGUGGAUCCCAGGGUUUAAGACCCAUGAGUUACAGAGUCUGUGGCUUCCCUUCUCUGGGCAAUGGAUCCAGAUUCUGCCCCUCAACCUACUUGGCUUCUAGGAGCUGUCAGCCUUCUUGUUAUAGACCAACAUGUGGAUCUGGCUUCUUCUGAUCACCUUAUUAAAUUUCUAAUCUUGUUGUCCAAUCUCA